CCAGGCCCCUGGCUGCCGCCUCACCUGCAAGGAGGGGCCUCCUGUAACUGCCUUCCCCGGCCCGACCGACCGCUCCACUGUGCCAGAGCCCAGCUGACCAGCCAGCAAGAACGCCUGCCUGCCACCCACCUGCCCUUCUGUGCCAGCUGAACCCAGCCUGAGCCAGCAUCUGCCUUUACAACCAUGUUCAAGGGCCUGAGCAAAGGCUCCCAGGGGAAGGGAUCCCCGAAGGGCUCCCCAGCAAAGGGGUCUCCCAAGGGUUCCCCCAGCAAGCACAGCCGAGCUGCCACCCAAGAACUGGCCCUGCUCAUCUCCCGCAUGCAAGCCAAUGCCGACCAGGUAGAGAGGGACAUCCUGGAGACCCAGAAGAAGCUACAGCAGGACCGGGUGAACAGCGAGCACAGCCAGACCCUGCAGCACCAGCAGGAGACAGGCCGCAGCCUGAAGGAGGCCGAGGUGCUGCUCAAGGACCUCUUCCUGGAUGUGGAUAAGGCCCGGAGGCUCAAGCACCCGCAGGCCGAGGAGAUCGAGAAGGACAUCAAGCAGCUGCACGAGCGGGUGACCCAGGAGUGUGCAGAGUACCGUGCCUUGUACGAGAAGAUGGUGCUGCCGCCUGACAUGGGACCCAGGGUUGACUGGGCACGUGUGCUGGAGCAAAAACAGAAGCAGGUCUGCGAGGGCCAGUAUGGGCCCGGCAUGGCGGAGCUGGAGCAGCAGGUGGCUGAGCACAACAUCCUGCAGAAGGAGAUUGAGGCCUAUGGACAGCAGCUGAGGAGCCUUGGGGGGCCGGACGUGGCCACCAUCCGGAGCCAAUACCGAGACCUACUGAAGGCGGCCUCGUGGCGCGGGCAGAGCCUGGGUAGCCUGUACACGCACCUGCAGGGCUGCACGCGGCAGCUGAGCGCCCUGGCCGAGCAGCAGCGCCGUAUCCUGCAGCAGGACUGGAGCGACCACAUGGCCGACCCCGCCAGCGUGCGGCGGGAGUACGAGCACUUCAAGCAGCAAGAGCUGCUGAGCCAGGAGCAGAGCGUGAACCAGCUGGAGGACGACGGGGAGCGUAUGGUGCAGCUCGGGCACCCCGCGGUGGGGCCCAUCCAGACCCACCAGGAGGCCCUGAAGCUGGAGUGGCAGAACUUCCUGAAUUUGUGCAUCUGCCAGGAGAGCCACCUGCAGCAAGUGGAGGACUACCGGAGGUUCCAGGAAGAGGCCGACUCAGUCAGCCAGGCCUUGGCGAAGCUCAACUCCAAUUUGGACGGCAAGUACAGCCCUGCCCCUGGGAGCCUCCCUGGUGCCCCCACAGAGCUGCUGCGACAGCUAGAGCAGGCAGAGGAGAAGCAGCUGGGGGUCACUGAGAAGGCCAUUGGGGACCUGCAGCGGCUCAGCCAGGAGGUGGCCCCUCUGCCUCAGCGCAGAAUCCCACCCCAGCAACCCCUUCAAGUGGACAGCAUCUGCGACUGGGACUCAGGAGAAGUGCAGCUGCUUCGGGGUGAGCGGUUUUUGCUGGUGGACAAUACUGACCCCCACAUUUGGGCCGUGCAGGGCCCUGGCGGGGAAACCAAGAGUGCCCCAGCCGCCUGCUUCUGCAUCCCAGCCCCAGACCCUGAAGCAGUGGCGAGGGCCUCCAGGUUGGCCUCAGAGCUUCAGACCCUGAAGCAGAAAUUGCUCACAGUCCAGAACUGCCUGAAGGCCAGUGCCAGGGAGACCCUACGGCCUGGCCAGCAGGCUCCAGCUGGCUCAGCACCAGCCGACCCACAGGCUCAGAAGCUCCUGACACAGAUGACCCAGCUGGAUGGGGACCUGGAGCAGAUAGAGAGGCAGGUGCUGGCCUGGGCCCGGGCCCCACUGAGCCGCACUUCCCCACUGGAAGACCUGGAGGGUCGCAUCCACAACCAGGAGGGCACGGCCCAGCGCCUGCAGAAACUGGGAGCUGAGAAGGAGGCAGCCCAGCAGGAGUGCGAGGCGUUUCUGUCAGUGCGACCCGUGGGCCCUGCUGCCCUGCAGCUGCCUGUGGCCCUUAACAGUGUCAAGAACAAGUACAGUGAUGUGCAUGUUCUGUGUAACCUCUAUGGGGAGAAAGCCAAGGCUGCCCUGGGUCUGGAGCGGCAGAUCCAGGACUCGGACAGGAUCAUCCAAGGCUUCGAGUCUGCCCUGGCACAGGAGGCUCCCAUCCCUGAUGACCCUAAGGCACUACAGGAGAGGGCUGACGAGCUGCAGCGCCAACGGAGGGAGCUGCUGGGACAGCAGGCCUGUGUUCUGGGGCUGCAUCGCCAGCUGAAGGCCACCGAGCACGCAUGCGCUGCACUGCAGAACAACUUCCAGGAGUUCUGCCAAGACCUGCCACGCCAGCAGCGCCGGGUGCGGGUCCUCACUGACCGCUACCACGCCGUGGGGGACCAGCUGGACCUGCGGGAGAAGGUUGUGCAGGAUGCCUGCCUCACCUACCAGCAGUUCAAAAACUGCAGGGACAACCUGAGCUCCUGGCUGGAGCACCUGCCCCGCAACCAGGUGCGGCCCAGUGAUGGGCCCAGCCAGAUCACCUACAAGCUGCAGGCAGAGAAGAGGCUGAUGAAAGAGAUCCAGAGCCGGGGACAGGACAGGGCCAUGAUGUCCCGGCUGUCCCAGGACUUGCAGGCAGCUCUCCAAGACUAUGAGCUGCAAGCAGACACCUACCGCUGCUCCCUGGAGCCCACACUGGCAGUGUCAGCUCCCAAGAGACCCCGAGUGGCUCCCCUGCAGGAGAGCAUCCAGGCCCAGGAGAAGGACCUUGCAAAGGCCUAUACUGAGGCUGCAGCGGCCCACCAGCAGCAGCUGCACCAGCUGGAGUUUGCUAGAAAGAUGCUGGAGAAGAAGGAGCUCAGUGAGGACACCCAGGCAACCCAUGAUGCAAGGCAGGGGUCUGAGGGCCCAGCUCAAGCAGGGAGGGAGUCAGAAGUCCUGAAGUCCCAGCUAGAGGAGGAGAGGAAGCGGGUGGCCCAGGUGCAGCGCGAGCUGGAGGUGCAGAGGAGCCAGUUGCUGCAGCUGAAGACCCAGCGGCCGCUGGAGAGGCUGGAGGAGAAGGAAGUGGUGGAGUUCUACAGGGACCCCGAGCUAGAGAGCAGCCUGUCCAAGGUGAAGGCCCAGGUGGAGGAAGAGGGCAAGAGGCGGGCCAGCCUGCAGGCAGAGCUGGAGGCGGCGGCGCAGAAGGUUGUCCAGCUGGAGAGUGAGAGGAAGACCAUGCAGCCUCACCUGCUGACCAAGGAGGUCACGCAAAUAGAGAGAGACCCCAGCUUGGACAGCCAGGCAGCCCAGCUCAGCAGCAGGAUCCAGCAGGUCCAAGGGGAGGAUGCUGUCAUCGUGGCCCGGGUGGAAGAGCUGAAGAAGGAGCUGCUGGCCCUCGAGCAGAGGGAGGCGGACGUGAAGGAGAAGAUUGUGGUGAAAGAAGUGGUCAAGGUAGAAAAGGAUCUGGAAAUGGUCAAGGCAGCCCGGGCUCUGAGGCUGCAGAUCGAGGAGGAUGCUGCACAGAGGAAGGGGGCAGAGGAGGCUUUGGCCAAGCUGCAGACCCGCAUUGAAGACCUGGAGCGGGCCAUCAGCUCCGUGGAGCCCAAGGUCAUUGUGAAGGAAGUGAGGAAGGUGGAGCAGGACCCAGGCCUUCUCCAAGAGUCCUCCAGACUCAGGAGUCUCCUGGAGGAGGAGAGGAAGAGGAACGUGAUGCUGGCAGGGGAGCUGAGAGAGCUGCGCAGCAAAUACAGUAUGGUACAGACUCAGAAGCCCAAGGUGCAGCUCCAGGAGCGCGUCCAUGAGGUCUUCCGUGUGGACCCUGAGACGGAGCAGGAGAUUGCACGGCUCCGCGCCCAGCUGCAGGAGGCUGCUGGCCGCAGGAGCAGUGUGGAGAAGGAGGUGGAGCAGCUGCUGCCUGAGCUGGAGGGCCUGCGAGCGCAGAAGCCUGUGGUGGAGUACAAGGAGGUGACCCAGGAGGUGGUGAGGCACGAGAGGAGCCCUGAGGUGCUCCGUGAGGUCGACCGCCUGAAGGCCCAGCUCAAUGAGCUGGUCAACACCCACGGGCGCUCCCAGGAGCAGCUCAUCCGGCUGCAGGGUGAGCGCGACGAGUGGAAGCGGGAGCGGGCAAAGGUUGAGACCAAGACAGUGAACAAGGAGGUGGUGCGGCGCGAGAAAGACCCGCUCCUGGAGAAGGAGGCCGAGCGGCUCCGCCAGGAGGUGAGGGAGGCAGCCCAGAGGCGGCGGGCAGCCGAGGACGCAGUGCACGAGCUGCAGAGCAGGUACCUGCUGCUGGAGCGCAGGAAGCCUGAGGAAAAGGUGGUGGUGCAGGAGGUGGUGGUCACCCGGAAGGACCCAAAGCUGCACGAGGAGCACAGCCGGCUGGGUCACAGCCUGGAUGAGGAGGUGGCCCGGAGGCGGCAGCUGGAGCUGGAGGUGCAGCAGCUGCGGGCCAGCGUGGAGGAGAAGGAGGGGAUGCUCAGCUUUGGGGAGGACCGCGGCAAGAAGCUGGCAGCGGAGAGGGAACUGCGGCAGCUGAGCCUGAGGAUCCAGGAGCUGGAGAAGCGGCCGCCUGCGGUGCAGGAGAAGAUCAUCAUGGAGGAAGUGGUCAAGCUGGAGAAGGACCCAGACCUGGAGAAGUCCACAGAAGCCCUGCGGUGGGACCUGGACCAGGAGAAGGGCCGGGUGUCUGAGCUGCAUCGGAAGUGCAAGAACUUGCAGGUCAAGAUUGACGUCCUCCAAAAGGCCAAGUCACAGGAGAAGACCAUCUACAAGGAGGUGAUCCGGGUGCAGAAGGACCGGGUGCUGGAGGACGAGCGGUCCCGCCUGUGGGAGCUGCUCACCAGGGAGCGCACGGCCCGGCAGGCUCAGGAGGAGGCUCUGCGGCGCCUGCGGGACCGGAUUGAGAGGGCAGAAGCCCUGGGGAGGACCUGGUCCCGGGAGGAGGCCGAACUGCAGAAGGCCCGGGACCAGGUGGGCCAGGAGCAUGGGCGGCUGCAGCAGGAGCUGCAAGCACUAGAGAGACAGAAGCAGCAGCAGGCACUGCAGCUGCAGGAGGAGUCGAAGCUGCUCAGCCAGAAGACAGAGAUGGAGCGGCAGAAGGCGGCCGAACAGGGCCAGGCACUCUCGCGGCUCAAGGCGGCCAUCCUCCAUGAGAAGGACCAGAUCUAUGAGAAGGAGCGGACCCUCCGGGACCUCCACACCAAGGUGAGCCUGGAGGAGCUCAGCCAGGAGACUCAGACGCGGGAGACCAACCUUUCCACCAAGAUCUCCAUCCUGGAACCUGACACGGGGAAGGACAUGUCCCCAUAUGAGGCCUACAAGAGGGGCAUCAUUGACCGAGACCAGUAUCUCCAGCUGCAGGAGCUUGAGUGUGACUGGGAGGAGGUCACCACCUCAGGCCCUUGUGGGGAGGAGUCUGUGCUCCUGGACCGCAAGAGCGGGAAGCAGUACUCCAUCGAGGCUGCCCUUCGCUGCCGGCGCAUCUCCAAGGAGGAGUACCACCUGUACAGAGACGGCCAUCUGCCCAUCUCCGAGUUCGCCCUGCUGGUGGCUGGGGAGAACAAGCCCUCCUCCUCGCUCUCCAUUGGCUCCAUCAUCUCCAAGUCCCCGCUCACCUCCCCAGCCCCUCAGAGCUCCUGUUUCUUCUCUCCCGGCUUCACUGUCGGGCUUGGUGAUGACAGCUUCCCCAUCGCCGGGGUGUACGACACAACCACAGACAACAAGUGCAGCAUCAAGACGGCCGUGGCCAAGAACAUGCUGGACCCCAUCACUGGGCAGAAGCUGCUGGAGGCCCAGGCGGCCACAGGGGGCAUCGUGGACCUUCUGAGCCGGGAGCGCUUCUCUGUGCACAAGGCCACUGAGAGGGGCCUGAUCGACAACACUGCCACACAGAGGCUGCUCAAUGCCCAGAAGGCCUUCACCGGCAUCGAGGACCCUGUCACUAAGAAGAGGCUGUCAGUGGGCGAGGCUGUGCAGAAGGGCUGGAUGCCCCUGGAGAGUGUGCUCCCGCACCUGCAGGCACAGCACCUGACGGGGGGGCUCAUCGACCCCAAGAGGACAGGCCGCAUCCCUGUCCCACAGGCCCUGCACUCCAGAAUGAUCAGCGAGGAGCUCGCCCAGCUCCUGCAGGACGAGUCCAGCUAUGAGAAGGAUUUGACAGACCCCAUCUCCAAGGAACGGCUGAGCUACAAGGAAGCCAUGGGCCGCUGCCGAAAAGACCCUGUGAGCGGUCUGCUGCUCCUCCCGGCAGCACUGGAGGGGUACCGCUGCUGCUACCGCUCGGCCUCCCCCACCAUCCCUCGCUCCCUGCGCUGACGGCAGCCUGGCAGCUGGGGCAGCGUGUGUUGGGGCAGGUUGGAUGCAUAUACCCUUCACCUGCAGAGUGGCCUAAUUCCCUCUGCCCGACCGCUGUUUUAUUAUUUUAUUACUACUUCACCAUUUGUGGUAUUGGCUUCCCCCAACCAACCUUGGUGCCCGACCCAUCCCUGGACCGGGAGAGCAGCAGCUCUGGUUCUCCUCGCCCCUUCCCACCCAGUAAUUCCAAUAAAUGAAUUCUCUCAGUG